UUCCCUGCGUAGUUCCUGCCGCAACGACGAACGGCGAGCAGCCCGGAGACAUUUAGCGCAGUUACCAUGAGACACAGCGGAUUGCUCAAAACCACUCCUGGAGAGUCUGCCGUGGAGAAAAGGGUCCGUGGGUCAGCUCUGCUCCCAGGCGUCCCCUCCCGCUGCCACCCUGGCGCUGCGCUGCAUGGACGGCGUCUUCCUCUCGCCCAACGAGGAUGAGUUCGUGGGCAGGAUCGCGGAGGAGCUGGAGCACUUCAUGCUGCAGGGGCAGCACCACAGAGUGCUCCUGUUCCCCCCUCUGUCCAGUCGCCUCAGGUACCUGAUCCAUCGCACCGUGGACAACGUGGAGUUGUUGAGCAGCUUUUCCGUGGGAGAAGGAUGGAGGAGGAGGACGGUCAUCUGUCACUCGGCCGUGAGGCUGCCCAGCGAGACAAGCGACCAAAAACCCAGCAGCAACCCACCGAGACCUCAGCGACCUCCGCAGCCCUGGGGCCGGGGGGGCCGGGGCGGCAGGCUGCGGCACGGCGGGGAGAUGCACGGGGACAACUCCCGAGCCUGCGUGGGGUCUGGCAGGAUAAAAAGGCCGCCCAGGAAGAAGCCAGAUAAAGCCCUGUACAUCCCCAAGGCGAUGCGCAAGAAGGCAGAAGGGGGGGAGCAGGAGAGCCCCGGGGGAGCUGGCACCGAGUCGGGUGGGGACGUGGCACAAGAAGAAGAGAUUUGCCCUAAAGCUUCAGUUGGGGACGCCGAGGAGGAGCUGGGCGAGGCUGAAGGCAGCCCUGGUGGUGUCUCCUUGGCCCGUGGCAAGCAACAGGAACCUGGCGAAGAGUGUGUUUCAGGAAAGAAUAACGAUGACCCAAACACUGAAUGUCCUCCGUGUUGUACGGACGUCCCAUCGUUAGAGAAUAGCAACGAGUUCUCUGAGCAGGAAAGUCAGGCGAAAGACUGUUCAGAUUCCCUUUCUUCUGUCCACAAAAAAACCCCAGCUGAAGCCGAAGAGCAAGAUUUGAGCGGCGACAACACUGUUACAUCAGAAGGUAGCAAAAUCCUGUGCCAACUGCAAGCUGAAGACCAAAACAGCCGGGAUGCCGGUGGGUUGGAGUGCGGCGAAAACUCCUCCCCGUCAGAAAGUCGCAGCAGUAACUGCCGCAGAGACCCGGCUGUGGCAGAGUCGAGUGCAGCGUCGCUGGUGUUGGAAAAUCAAGAUAAGAGCUGUGCUGCUGCCAGGAGCCUGGAGAGCGGCGGGAACGUGUCACCGCCUGAAGAACAGGGCAAGGACUUUGUGAAUGCCGGCGCGGUGGAGGGGGGCAAGGGUUUCUCCAAACUGGGAAGCCAAAAGCAAGAGCGCGCCGGCGUUGUCGAGGCGGGGGGUAACCCGGACCCCCAAGAAGCCCCAAACGAGCCUCCGGCUGCACCCGCGCCGGCCGGUGAGGAGCAGGAGGAGCGCUGGGGGGGUGCUCCCGUGCGGAGCCCCGGCGGGAAGGGGCCCGUGGAGGAAGAGGAGGAGAAGGAACCGUCGGGCUUGGCCGACGUGCUGUGGCGUGAGCUGCGCUUGGCUGCCGGCGACCGGGAGGAGAGCGCGGCCGUCCGCGGGCAGGGCGGCCUCGAGGACGACUGCACCGCAGAGCUCUUGGCUGAGAUUGUGGGUCAUUUAACCGUGAAGGAUAUAAGCAUUGAGAAGAUCAGCGUUGAUUAUUCCAGCUACGGAGAUGCACAGCUCAGCGAGGGGGAUUUUGGCCACGUAACUGAAAUCUAUGAUUUCGCCCCGUCGCUGAAAACGGAGCACCUGUUAGAAGCGUUCUCGGAUUUCCACGAGAGCGGUUUCAAAAUCCAGUGGGUCGAUGAUACACACGCCCUGGGAAUCUUCUCCAGCACGUCUACAGCCUCUCAGGCCCUGGGGCGACGUUAUCCUUCUUUAAAGAUCCGACCGUUGAUCCAUGCCACGAAGCAGUCUAAAAUCAAGGCACUUCAGCGACCAAAGCUCCUUCACCUUGCAAAAGAAAGACCCCAGACUGACACUGCGGUGGCGAAGAGGCUGGUGACCCGGGCCCUGGGGUUGAAGCACAAGCAGCAGGGAGGCUCAGGCACCGAAGGGCUUCUGCUGGAAAGCUUGGACCAGGAGGAAUAACCCAUCUCAGCUAAAAAAAAGAUGUACAGAUGAGCAUGGCUGUGAUAUUAAACUGCAUGCAGAACA